AUGGAGACAACUCCCAUGACCCCCGUGUCCGAAAGACACCAUGAAACCCCCGAGAACAAUAAAGGGAAAACCCCGACGGCCCUGCGAGACUGGCUUUUCACUCCUGCCCCUCGGUCUAUCUCAAGGAAUAAGAACGUCUUGGGAUCUGACACUGAGGAACCAAUGCAUUUGAUGAACGCAGAAAUGCCCUCGAAGCAAAACGGUGUACAAGCAGGUGCUGAACCACCUAUCCGGCAUUUCGACGAGGAAUCAGGCCGAUUCAGCAAUCCUGAUAGCUGCGUCAGUGUCGUGGACAGUUGUGACCUGCAAGCUCUCUCGACAAUCGGCACCAACCCAGAGGCCGACCUCCAAGCUUCAAUUGAAAGCAACGAUCCCGGUGGGAUUAAGAAAAGCAGAGAGGACUUACCUUUGGGAUAUAUGAAAGACUGGUUGCUCAAUGCAAGAAAGGCUCCUCCCAAUGACCCUUUGCUUGCACUCUCGGCCGAUGAGCACUCGCAUGACUGCGAUUUGGAUACUAAAACAGGAAAACUGCUCCCUCCUGUAGAAUACCCACGAACCAUGAGGAGCACCGAGACAGACCCGGAUGAGAACGUGGCAUGGAGGGAGGUGAUGGUUUCAUCAAGCACUCACAUUCAGCGAGCCAUUGAAGGACUUACUUCCGUGAGGGAAGAAGCCGCCCAAACAAAGCCGGAGGAAACAGCCUCUCCAUUCCCGGAGGAUCAAGGUCCUCCUUUCGCCGAAUGCAUCAUCCGGCCCGCCAAGCCAAGCGAUUUUCCAAAGAUCGCAGCCAUUAUCAACCUGGAGGUUUCUGCCACUCGCUGCCCCCAGAUCUUUGAGGGCCGCGAAAUUGUUGCGGAUGACAUAUUUCCCAUUUUCAGGCACUGUCAAAACACCCUGAGGCCUUUCGUUGUGGCUGUCCCAGCUAAAGACGAAUUUCUCGAUACAUCCAAGUGGCCCUCGGGCUCUGGAAGAGUAUAUGAACAGUUCAAAAAGUUCAAGGAAAGCCAACCUGUCGAAGAGAAUGAUUUGGUAUGCGGCUUCGCUUUCAUCGGCGAGCCUCAGAUCGGCUUCUUGAAUAGGCCAUGCCAAGGUGCCCGUCACUCCGGGUUGAUCAGGAUGGUGGUCCACCCCGACCACCGGCGUCAACUGAUUGGAUCUGCUCUUCUCGAAAGGAUGUUAACUUUGAUUGAUUUAGCUCACCACCAAACGGUAGAAUAUCACUGGGAAGGCGACGAUUCAUCAUCAAUCUAUGAGCGGUCUGCAGCUCGAAACACCCGACAGUACUCUCAGGUGUACAUUGAGCUCUUCACCUCCAGAAAGGGGGACGACAGCUACGAAUGGAAGUCAAAACUCCUUGAUGCGUACUCUUUCAAGUGUAUUGCUCGCUUUAACGACAUGGCCAAAACUGACCGCGCCGAGGACAACCAGUGGCUUGAUCUUACAGUUUGGGAGCACAAGAUUAAGAAAGGGUCGAAACUACCCCACGUGAAGGCUUCGGAGUAUUUCGCCCCCAAUCUGGUUUCUUCUUAA